GCUGUUUAUCAAGGGACUGGCAAUAGCCUGCACACCGCUUCUUAAUGGGGACUUGCGAGAAAACACUCCUUACUCUUUACAUCAAUCAGGAAGAAGGAAAGAGGCACAGAAAAUCGCUUAACAGGAGCGAAGACAAAGGAGUCUUGAUGGAGAGACACCAUCUUUCAAAGAAAGCUGAAGACAACUGCAUUACAGAACUGCAGUUCUGGGAAAAUAAAGUUAUCAUCAUUCAAAGGGCAUGGCGAGCUGUGUUGUACCGUAAGAACUGCCAGGUCGGGUGUACAAAUCCCCCUAAACAGAACCAGCGUUCCUCAUUCAGCAAACCUCACACCUCCAUGAGGAUAAAUGGAUUCGGCAGGAAUAUGCCCUCUGAUGAGCUGAAAAGGCUACAGAAUAGUCUGGAACACAUGAAUGAUGGAAAAUAUCUGGUCCAAAACCACCAGCUAAAAAAGGACAUAGAAAACAACAUUGAAAAGUGCCAAAUGAAUAUGCAACCAUUUGAGUCAAAAGUUGUAGUCAUUCAGAGGGCAUGGCGUGACUACAUUCAACGGCAGGACGGCCUUCAUCAAAGCUGCAUGGAGAAACGGAGUCCCUCCCCACCCUCGCUCUCUUCAGGGAAGAUGAGCACCUCCAUCAGUAUGAACACCCUGUCAGAUGGCAGCACUCCAGAUUACAGGGAGGAUGGCAUGGAUUUGGGAAGUGAUGCUUGCAGUCGUUCCAGUUCGGAAUCCAACUCUAACAAAGUAACGCCAUGUUCGGAGUACAAAUCCUCUCCCAGCCUGGAUCUGGCUACCCUGGAAGAUUACGAGGAGGACGAGGACUAUCAGGAGUACAAGAAGAAGGUAAUUGAGGAGUGGGAAAGCGAAUACGAGGACUACCCCGAGAACGAGGGCUACCCCAAAACCGUGAACAGCAGGAGUUUAGCAGAGGAGUUCCAAGAUAUUAAAAACCCCACCCCCCCGCCUCCCUGUGACACUGCCCCCGAGGAACUGAAGCAAAAUGGCAACGUUGUUCCAAGCCACGUAGGGCUGAAAGCAAACAAAACAUCUCAAAAGCCCCGGCAGGCCUUGAGGAUAACGGGCAGCGGCGGUGGAGUCGUAUCCAGGAGGCAGCUCGACAGCUCAGGGACUUGUGUCACAGAGGAGCAGCAGCUGCCUACCAUGGACUGGGAGACCCUGGAGAAACAUCUUGCUGGAUUACAGUUUCGAGAGCAGGAGGUGCGCAACCAAAACCAGAGACAUGGAAAAACCAACUACACCUCAGCCCAAAAGAAUGAAAGAGAAUCGAUCCGACAGAAGCUGGCACUGGGCAGUUUCUUUGAUGAUGGUCCAGGGAUUUAUACCAGCUGCAGCAAGAGUGGGAAGCCUAGUCUGUCUUCACGUCUUCAAAGUGGGAUGAACCUGCAGAUCUGCUUUGUGAAUGACAGCGGCAGCGACAAAGACAGCGAUGCCGAUGACAGCAAGACUGAAACCAGCCUGGAUACCCCACUCUCCCCAAUGAGCAAGCAGAGCUUGUCCUACUCUGACCGUGACACUACUGAAGAGGACUCAGAGUCCUUGGAGGACAUGGACUUCCUCACCCGGCAGAAGAAGCUACAGGCCGAAGCUAAGAUGGCACUUGCCAUGGCCAAGCCCAUGGCUAAAAUGCAGGUGGAAGUAGAGAAGCAGAACAGAAAGAAGUCUCCCGUAGCAGACCUUCUGCCUCACAUGCCUCAUAUAAGUGAAUGCUUAAUGAAGAGAAGCUUGAAGCCCAUAGACCUGAGGGACAUGACAAUUGGUCAGCUGCAAGUUAUAGUUAACGACCUCCACUCCCAGAUUGAAAGUUUGAAUGAAGAGUUGGUGCAGAUGCUGCUUAUCAGGGAUGAGUUGCACAUGGAGCAGGAUGCCAUGCUGGUGGACAUUGAAGAUCUGACUAGGCAUGCUGAAAGUCAACAGAAGUACAUGACAGAGAAACCCCCAUCCAAAUAAAAAAGAGAUACCACCACCAGUUUAUGGGAAUGAAGAACAAGGCUAGAUUUUAAUUUGCUUCUGUGGUUGUAAAAAAUGCUGAUGCUUAAGAUGGUGCACUUCAAGAGAAAAAAAAAAAAGUCGGUGUUAUCAUCAAAACUGUCUGAAGCUUUCUGUGCAGUGAUUGGCCUUGCGUCUUCAUACUUUGUUUUAACUUUACACAUUUACCACUAAUAUUGGGCAUUUUAAUGUGUGUGUGUAUAUAUAUAUAUACACACACACACACACACACUAUAUUGGUGGAGACUAUACAACAUUAGUAACAUAUACAAGGGAAAAAAGAAAACAAGGUUGUUACUUAACUAACUUCUGAAUUUUAGGAAUUUUAAGUUGAACAGUAUUUUACAGUCUGCCUUUUUUUAUUCGGCACAAACGGUAGUUUUAAAAUAAAGAAACUUUUAUUUGAAGGUGCUAAAAUGAGUCAAAGGAUACAUGCCUGCCCUGUAGUAAAGUUGUAGCCUUUUGGUAAUGAGUUCACUUUGAUCAGUUUUCAACAUUUUGUGAAUGUUGAUUUUAAAUAAGUGUGUUAAUAUCAUUUCAUCCAAUUGUAUUCAGAAACUUAUUUGGGGAAAUUGUAUGUACAGAUAUGUAAAAUAAAAAAAUUAAAACUUUGUUUCAUAUUCAA